AUGAACGUCAGUUUUCUCUCCGGCCACUUUGCGCCCGGUCUUAACGCUAUUCGAGUAACCAAAAAGACCAACUUUCUUGAAUGUUCUGCAGCUCUGGACAAUGAAUUAAAUAAUCUCAAAUUGAAAUCCCAGGACCAUGACAAAGUGAAAUACGGUUUAGUCAUUGAUGGACAAACACUGAAUUUUGCCUUAAGUGCAAAUCAAAGAGAAAGGUUACUCGAACUCUGCGGAUAUUCUGAAGCUGUGCUAUGUUGCCGUCUGACCCCAGUUCAAAAAGCCGAAGUUGUUCGCCUGGUUAAACAAUCCCGUUCUCCAGCCCCUAUCACUUGCGCUAUUGGGGAUGGUGCUAAUGAUGUCCCAAUGUUAAUGGAAGCUCACGUUGGAAUCGGUUUAUUUGGAAAGGAAGGAAGACAAGCUGUUCAUGCUUCUGAUUACGCUUUUGGAAAAUUCAGGUUUCUCAGUCGAGCUCUUUUCUUUCACGGUUUUAACUUUUACUGGCGAUCAGCGAAUGUAGUAUUGUAUUUUUUCUAUAAGAAUCUUGUCUUCGUGCUCACUCAAGCUUACUUCAGUUUCUAUUCCCAAUUUUCUACUCAAACAGUAUUCAGUAGCAUAUAUUUACUUUGUUACAAUGUGAUUAUGACAUCUUCACCGAUCGUUGUCUACGGAAUUAUGGAAAUGCGUUAUCCCGAAACAGUUCUUUUGAGUACCCCUAUGAUUUACAAAGCAAUCUCACGAAAUGCCUUUCUUUCUUGGAAAAAUUUUGCUCUCUGGAAUACUUUCGGCUUGUGGCAUUCAAUAGUUCUCUUCUAUGGAUGUUAUAUUCUUGCUAGUGAAGGCGUUUCAAAACCCGGAGGCGCUUUAGAGACGCUAAACGGGUUCGGAAGCAUGCUUUUUAGCCUUAUUUUUAUUGUGGUCACAGUCAAGUUGCUUCUGAAUUCGUAUUCCUUCAACUUUAUGGUAUUCUUUACAAUUAUCGUAACUGUGAUAACUACCUACCUCCUAUUUACCUUUAUUAACUUUGUUGUCAUACCAACGGGUGAUGCCCAGGACUUGAAAGGAAUUUGGAGCAAUCUGUUUUGUGGAUCAAGUGCUAUGGCCAGCCUAUUUGGGCAUAUUGCUAUUCCAAUAUUAGCCAUUGUGCCCGAUGUCAUCUAUAGAUGGCUAUUGGAUAAUUAUGAUAUUGUCCAUGAUUCUGGAUGUUACUCUGGAAAAAAGAAAUCAGUCAAUCCAAAAAAUGAAUUGACAUUAAGGUCUUUGCUUUCCAAAUCCUCUUCCACAGACAACGAAGUGGAGUUCAAUACUUCGCAAACACUUUGA